AUGAUGUGGAGCACUCGAUUGCCGUUCCGCCCUCCACGUCCCAGACCAUUCUUCGACUUACCGUGGGACAUCCGAGAACAGAUCUAUAGUUACAUCGAGCUCGAUGCGCUCCCGCCGUUGUCAAACGGUACCGAGUACGCUGGCUUUGUUCUCUCGUGCAAGCUCGCCGCCGAGGAGCUAUCUCAUGUCGCGACCAUAAAUUAUCGCAAAUACCUCAAGGAAUUCGAACGGCUGUCGAAGCGGCACACAGGCUACGUCAGUAUGAUUGCUCUACCAGAGCAGGCACCAAGUGGCCAGACAAACUCUUUUGCUCAUCUACGCCGAGUCAAGGUGGAAGUCCCUCUACAUAGCGGCAUCUGGGGCAGCGCCCUGAGCAACAAGAUGGUGUUCACAGCAGCAUUGUGCGACAUGUUUCACCCUCUCUUCGGACUUUUCUUAGAUGAAGUAGACAUUCAUUUCGUGGCACCUUUCAAUCCCGAGAGGAGGAUGAUUCACCGUGCGUUCGAUCUCAUCGAGACAUUGAAUUCACAAGUAAAUUCACGCACUCCUUCUUCCAGAGGCCAAUCACUGCGACUUGAACACGACAUUGACCGAUUCCUUUACAACUUUGAGGCGCAGGUCCGUGGCUUCACGCACUGGGAUCGCGUGAACACAAAAGGCAUCUGUUUCUCUUGGGACUGUCGACCAGUGGGUCAUAUCGAAUCUCCACCAGACAUGAUGGGCUCCCUCUGGUCGCAGACAUUGCGUCUCCGUGACUCGAUCGGGACGGACAAGCAGACACACUACCGUGUGCACGAUGCAGAGGGCGAGGCAGGCGAGAUACGGAUUUCAAGUUCUUUGCGCUGGGCUCCCACAUCAGUCGGUCUUCCAAAGGAACUUUUCGAAAGACACAACAAGGUUGCUGCACUACAGAUGAAGAACCUGGGCUUCGGCGAAGCAGCAGUGAUCUUGAGUAAAGUAGAAAUAUGA